AAACAUAUGUACCAUCCGCCAUUCAAGAAUAAAGAAGCGUCAAACAAUAACGUGAUGACGUCACUGGUUUGUGGUCUGUUUAUCAGAGCAGCGGAGCGACACAAAAAGUCGAAUGUGGUUUUAAAAUUAAACUAAAGUCCGUUUUCUCCCGCUUUUAACUCAGCGGACAGCUGCCGUUCCCCGCUUCAUGAGGCCCGGGACAAUUUUACCAGCGUUUGACCAGAAGCAGAAGGAGGAGGAGGAGUCGUCAGCCAGCAGCUAACUUAGCUCACCGGCUAGUUAGCGUCUUAGCUCGGCUGGCUGUCAUUAGGAUGGCGUCUCAGUUCAAAAUCCCAAAGAAGAAACAUCAGUCAGAGUCAGACUCCGCCCACCUGCACCUGCAGUCACCGCUGUCUCGCCUUCAGUGCCCCGCCCCAAAUUUUAAGGGUUAUGGGAACCAGCCUGACAAGAUGCAUGCUGGGAACACCCUGGGCUCAUCUUUAAACAGACACAGGGAGUCGCUUCAACCUCCGUUUGGAGACAAAGUAAAGACGCUGCUGGGACUUAACAAACUGGGCAGAGGCGGAGCAUCAGCAGCCAAUCACAGAGCAGCAGGAAGCUCAGGUCAGAGAGGGGAGGCGUCAUCCUCGCUGUCCCCCACCAACGGCAGAUGGCGUCCUAAGAGAGCGUCUGACCGGCUGUUGCAGCCUGAGGCGUCCUCAGAGCGGACUGCGUCUCCCCCACAGAAAAAGAAGAGUGAGUCCUCUGCUUUGUCCAUCUCUGUGGUGGCCGUGGACUCUCUGGCAGCGCUGCGAGCACAGGAGCAUGCUGGGAGUCAGAGGGGAGAUCAGAGUAACACACCGACAUGUCCUGAGAAACCCGCCAGCUCCUCUCAAUCCAGUUCAGAUCCUGUGUCAGAAGACCACUUCGUUCUCAGACCGUCCUCGUCCUCUGCAGAGAAGACGGCAAAGGUGGCGCUGGACAGGAGGCGGAGUCUCAACCGGAUGGCGUGGAAGAGCAGCGACCUGGAGGACGCGAGGGAGAGAGAGAGACGCAGGUGGAGAGAUUUCAAAGCCAGGAAGGAUGUAGGCCAUCUUAGACCGAGGAGACCCAAACACAGUCCUGUAGAACCCAUUGUUCUGUCCAGUGAGGAGGAGGAAGAAAAGGGCGGAGCUAAGAGCAGUAAACCGACUGAAGACUCUGGCCUGGAUCAGUUUUCUACAGAGGAACGCGGUCACAGUGAGGAGCUGUUGACCACGCCUUCUUUCCUGCAGCUGGAGUUCAGCUCACUUCACAUCGGCCUGAUGCACGCCAACGCCAACGGACACACAACGGUCACAGGAAACGGUGUCACUGUUCCUUUAAGAGUGUCAGGUGGAGAGGACGGGGAGGUGACCGUUGUGGCGUCUGAAGUUCGUGGUUACGGUGUAUGGGAUGGGGGCGUGGCUCGGGACGGAGCUCUGUUGGACGGGUGGGAAGGUCCGGCCCCCUCACUGCUCUUCCUGUGGGUGUCGGACGCUCAGGCGAACCUGCUGCAGCGAGAACUGUCGGCUGUGAGUGCGAGCAUGUCGCCCUCCGCAGCUCCUCCCUGCUGCUGCCUCCUGCUGGUGCUGAAGGAGCAGCUGCAGGAGCUCCACUCCGCCCUGUUGGUGUCCAUCUUGGACAUGGAAGAGUACCAGAGGGGGCGCUCCUCCUCCUCCCCCUCCUCCCCUCUGGACUGGACUGAUGGACUGAUGCUCCUCCACAGCUGUCCUCCUCCUGUGGACCAGCACCUCCUCAGACUGCUGGGACACUCUGCAGACUCUGAUCCUGAUCCUGAUCCUGAUCCUGGUGCUGGUGCUGGUCCAGUGAAAAGAGCUCUGAGAAACAAAAGCUCCAGUCUGAACUCAUAUGGUCUGCAGCAGCUUCCCAACAGGUUGAUCCAGUACCCGCCACCGCCCUCUAAAGGCAGCAUCUGUGUCACGAAGGAGGACCUGGUUUGUUUAGACGCCGGCGAGUUCUUAAACGACGUCAUCAUCGAUUUCUACCUCAAGUUCCUUCUCCUGGAGGGAGUCGGCGGCGCCGUGGCCGAGCGCAGUCACGUCUUCAGCAGCUUCUUCUACAAACAGCUGAGCAGACGGAGAGCCGCCGGCGAGGACGACGCCCCCUCUGUCCCCGAUCGCCACAUGAGGCACCAGCGGGUGAAGACGUGGACACGGCACGUCGACAUUUUCACCAAAGACUUCUUGUUUGUGCCUGUCAAUCAAGAGGCACACUGGUUCCUGGUGGUGGUUUGUUUUCCUGGACUGGAGGACGUUCAGUACGAGGAGUUUCACAGGUCCACAGGAUCAGUGCGAGUGGCGGGAAAACACAGUCUGAGGCCACACCCACCGCCGGACUGUACCCAGCAGGGACGUCUCAGAGACACUGUCCUGAAGAAGCCGUGCAUCCUCGUCAUGGACUCUCUGAAACUGUCCUACCAUGAGAACAUCUGCACACUCCUCAGAGAUUACUUGCAGGUGGAGUGGACGGUGCGGCGCGGGACGUCGCGUGUCUUCACGUCAGAGAAGAUGAGGAGCUGCAGCUGCAGAGUUCCUCAGCAGGACAACAGCAGUGACUGUGGUCUUUACCUGCUGCAGUACACAGAGAGCUUCCUGCAGAAUCCCGUUGUGCACUUUGAGUUCCCGCUGCGUUUGGAGCACUGGUUUCCACGGCAACAGGUGCGACAGAAGCGCGAGGAGAUCCGGCGUCUGAUCGUGAAGAUGCAUCAGAGUCAGAAAUAACUUUUUCUAACGUUUGUUUGUAAAUGACAACAACUUUUUCAAAAUAAAAUUAUUUAUUCUUA